AACAGAAAAAGCAUAACAAUUAUGAGUGCAUCUUCAGGACUUGUACCAAUAUCCGGUAAUUCACGAAGCAUAUCUGCGAAAAAUGGAUCUGAUUCCGGAUUUACAAACGGUUCACUGCAACCUUCAUCCAUAUUCCCCACCCAGACAUACAAUGGCUAUGGAUAUACCGCACCUAUUGGAUACAACCACCGUGGUAUUGAUGAUGUGACUAGAAUCAACAUGUCUUUACAAUCAGGCAUUGAAUCUGAAACCAAGUGGGCAUUGAGCACAUUAUGUCGACUUUCAUUGAAUCCUAACUUCAACUUUGAACAUGGUGAUGGAACUUUCUUGGGAUUUGAAUUGUUCAAAUAUUUCAUUAGACCAUAUCAAUUAAUCAACGAGAAGAAGUAUGAAUUGGUUACUCAAGAUGUGAUUAGUUUUAGUUUGGAUUCGUUGUUAAGUUUAAGAAACGCGGCUCAGGAUUUACACAAUCAGCAAUGGUUAUCCCAAAUCAAGCAAUUUAAAAAGUAUUUGCUUGAAGCUUUGAAAUUCUUGACUAAUUGGUUUUAUCAACCUGAUUUCCAAAUUCCUGCGUUAAAGAAGUACGAAAAUCAAUUUUUGGAGGCAUUGACUUAUUUGAUUGAUUUACUCGAACCUUUAACUUGUUAUUAUGUGGAGAAUACUAGGCAUGAUCCUUUGUUUCAUACUUUAUUACAAGCAUUAGUGGCUACCCAUGAUAAGAAUUUAUUUGUCAAUAUUCUAAACUGUAUUUCUCAUUUAUUGAUUAUUCGUGAUAGAAAAAUUAAGUUUGUUGACGAAGAAGAAGAAAACGAUAAGGAAAAGAAACAAUUGAUGGAAGAAGAAGACGAUGUUGAUGAAAGAAUAACCAAUAAUUGUAUUGACUCUAUAACCAGCAGUCAAUUAGAGUUGAUAGUCAAUACAUUAUUAGUGGCUGAUAAUGAAAUGAAUAACGCGGUAUUGGAAUUUCUUAAAAUGUAUUUGAAUUCCGAAGCAAUUCAUCACGACUUCAUAUCAUCACCAAUCAAAGAUUCUCAAAAGUAUAGAUUACAAAAGUUAUUACAGUUAUCUUCCACCAAAGCCAAUUUCAAUACUUUGGUUAAACAAUUACCCAGAUUAAUCAUAUCUCACCUACCAUUAAAUGAUCCAAGUUCAAUAAAACCAAUACCUCCAUUAAAUCUUACCAAAAGAUCAGAUUUCGCAGGAGUUCCUUCGACAUUACCGGACUUGCCGGAAGAAUUGUACAGUUUGAUUGUUCGAUUUUCCGAACCAUUAAGAGCAACUACGUGGUUACGUUGCUGUUACGAAACAUUCACUCCAUUAUCCAAACCAGAUGAGCUGGCCGAGAACUCUUCUGAUGUUAUUCCUGGAGAAGUCACUCAAAUCUCGUUAUGGAAAGCUUAUGAAAAGCAAUUUCAAGAAGUAUGGGAUCCACCUAGUGGACAAACCAACCCAGAGUUCAAACAGCUUUUACCAGCAGUUGAGUUUAUCAAAAAUGUGUCGAAGGCAUUCCCUAGUUCCGAAGCCAUGGUUAUAAAUUUACCACCUUCUGCUAGUGACCUGGCACCCAAGAAGAAGUUCAUCAUUAGAGGAAUUCAACCUAGACAAUUUGCCGUGAAUAUCGAUGUAGCCAAUUAUGAAGCAUUGAAACCCACUGUCAAGACCAGUUCUAUCAAUCCUGGUGAGAACCAUAAGUUACCUAUCGGACAUGUAGAUGUUGAGAAAUUCAAUCAUUUAGUUUCAGAAUCUCUGGAGAAUAUCUUGGUUGAAGGCACUAGAAUCAGUAAGAACCUGGAAUUUGUAAAUCAAAUUAAUGAAUCAAGUCAUGAAAUCUUGGAAUAUAUCAUUAAUGAAGUUUUGGAUAAUACUGAAAACUCUGUAGAAGAGAAUAUUUUCAGAUUAUACAAUAGUCAUUGGUUGCCUGAAUUAGUCUAUGCCAAUCCUUCUUUGGUCGAGAGUGGAAUUAUAAACAUUGGCUGGUUGAAAUAUUUGAUCUAGAUAGUGUAAUAGUAAUAUAAUAGUGCAAAAUUGU